CGCCGCCGCUGCAGGCGUGUUGCAGCAGCUCUGGCUUCUUCUCGGCUGCAGGAGCAGCUGCUCCAAUGCCCCAGAGCGGCCAUGAGCGCCCCGCACUGGUGGGAUCAGCUGCAGGCUGGCAGUUCGGAGGUGGACUGGUGCGAGGACAACUACACCAUCGUGCCUGCCAUCGCCGAGUUCUACAACACGAUCAGCAACGUCUUGUUUUUCAUUUUACCACCCAUCUGCAUGUGCUUGUUUCGUCAGUACGCAACCUGCUUCAACAGUGGCAUCUACUUAAUAUGGACUCUUUUAGUUGUAGUGGGAAUUGGAUCUGUCUACUUCCACGCGACUCUGAGUUUCCUGGGUCAGAUGCUUGAUGAACUUGCAAUCCUUUGGGUUCUGAUGUGUGCUCUGGCCAUGUGGUUCCCCAGAAGGUACCUACCAAAGAUCUUUCGGAAUGACAGGGGCAGAUUCAAGGCGGUGGUCUGCGUCCUGUCUGCAGUGACAACGUGCCUGGCGUUUGUCAAGCCCGCCAUCAACAACAUCUCUCUGAUGACUCUGGGGGUUCCCUGCACUGCACUGCUCAUCGCAGAGCUAAAGAGGUGUGACAACGUGCGUGUAUUUAAGCUGGGCCUCUUCUCGGGCCUUUGGUGGACGCUCGCCCUCUUCUGCUGGAUCAGUGACCGAGCCUUCUGUGAGCUGCUGUCGUCAUUCCACUUCCCCUACCUGCACUGUGUGUGGCACGUGCUCAUCUGCCUGGCGGCCUACCUGGGCUGCGUGUGCUUCGCCUACUUCGACGCCGCCUCCGAGAUCCCUGAGCAAGGCCCUGUCAUCAGGUUCUGGCCCAGCGAGAAAUGGGCCUUCAUCGGUGUCCCCUACGUGUCCCUCCUGUGCGCCCACAAGAAAUCUCCGGUCAAGACCACGUGAUGGGGUGGUGGUGGCGGGCUGUUCCCGUAGGUGUCCUCCCCGUUCUCAGAGUGGGGGGUGGGUCUAUUUUUAAAAAAUUUUGUUCCCUUGGGCUCUCACUGGUGUGUCUGGACCACCGGGACUCCACUGUCCGGGAGGUGGAAGCAGAAGGCUGAGGCUCUGGGUG